AUGGAAAGAAAUCCUCUAAAUGGCAUCCUUCCAGUAUCCAUUGGGAAUCUGUCCACUUUGCUUCAAGAUAUUCAGGCAGGUGAUUGUGAAAUUAAGGGCAACAUUCCUAACCAUAUUAGUAACUUGACCAAUUUGUUUUUCUUACGUCUACAUGGUAAUGGCUUCACUGGAUCUAUUCCAACCACAAUAAAGAAGUUGCCAAGGCUUCAAAUUUUAGAUCUUGGGUAUAACAGGAUACAAGGGCCCAUUCCAAAUGGUCUCUGCUAUUUAAAGAACUUGGCUUCAUUGGAUCUGAGUGAAAAUGAACUUGUUGGUCCAAUUCCAACUUGCUUAGGGGAUGUUACAUUUCUAAGAGAACUCUUUCUGGGCGCCAACAAAUUAACCUCCACAAUAAAUCUAUUUAGCCUCAAAGAUAUCUUGAAAUUGAACUUGUCCUCAAAUUCUUUGAGGGGCUCUCUUCCCUCACAGAUUGGAAGUCUAAAGGCCGCAAUACAAAUAGAUCUAUCACACAAUAGAUUUUCAGGGGAUAUCGCUAGCACAAUUGGAGGUCUGCAGAGCUUAAUCAAUCUUUCUUUAGCACAUAAUGGACUACAAGGACCUAUUCCCAUGUCAUUUGGAAACUUGAUAAGCUUGGAAUUCUUGGAUCUAUCUUACAACAAUCUCUCAGGCGUAAUUCCGAAGCCAAUGGAGUCACUUUUGCAUCAUUUUAAUGCAUCUUUCAAUAGGCUAAGAGGAGAGAUCCCCUCCAGAGGACCAUUUGCAAACUUCACGAAUCAAUCCUUCAUGGCGAAUGAAGCACUAUGUGGUGCCCCACAGUUGCAAGUCCUACCAUGCAAUGCCAAAAGAGAAACAAAACUCCAACUCAAAUGGAGUUUUUUACCCACAUCAGCACAUCGAAGAAUUACAUAUCAAGAACUUCUAUAUGCUACUGAAGGUUUUAGUGAUAGCAACUUGCUUGGAACGGGAAGUUUGAGUUCUGUUUACAGAGGGACAUUUAAGGAUGGAACCAUUAUGGCAAUCAAGGUAUUCAAUUUGCAACUAGAAGUUGCAUCCAAGAGUUUUGAUACAGAAUGUGAAAUGUUGUGCAACCUUCGUCACAGAAAUCUCACCAAAGUUAUCAGUGGUUGCUCCAACCUACAUUUCAAAGCCUUGGUACUCCAAUACAUGCCUAAUGGGAGUCUCAAAAAGUGGUUGUAUUCUCAUAACUAUUUCCUAGAUAUGUUACAAAGAUUAGACAUAAUGAUAGAUUUGGCAUGUGCGCUGGACUAUCUCCACCAUGGUAAUUCAAUACCCGUGGUUCAUUGUGAUUUGAAGCCCAAUAAUGUCCUGCUAGAUGAAGAUAUGGUUGCACAUCACUGUUGCAUUGCUUUGAGAGGUGAAACUAUUUAUAGCUCCAUGAUAUCGGAACUAGGCCUCAAAGGAACAACUCAUCACUGCAUAAGCCUCUCCUCUCACACCUUUGAAACGAACACUUCAUUACCACCUUCCAACACUUGUUCAUUGUCCACCUCUCCACCUGCUGCUGCAGGAUGGGACUAUGAAGUCUUCUUGAGUUUCAGAGGCGAUGAUACCAGUAAGAGAUUCAGUGAUCGCCUCUACUGCUACCUUCGGGAGAAAGGAAUCCACACGUUUAGAGACGACAAGGCUCUUCGCCUUGGAGAGAAUAUUAGUGAGAUUCUCAACGCAAUCGAGCACUCAAAGAUAUCCAUUCACAUCUUUUCCGAAGACUAUGCUUCAAGUGAGUGGUGCCUGCGUGAGCUCACCAAGAUGGUUGAGUGUAAGACCACUCGGGAGCACAUCAUAAUUCCCAUUUUCUACGACGUCAAACCGUCCGCUGUGCGCGAGCAGAAGGAGAGUUACGAAGAGGCCUUCAGAAGAAUUUUGAUGGUGAUACUGUGCAGGGUUGGAAGGAGGCAUUGA